AUGGCCUCCUCGUAUCCAGCGCCUGCAGCGGCAGUACCGGUGGAAGAAGUCGGGAAUCGCGGCAGCAGCAGGUCCUCGCACAACACUGGCCGAAGAAACGAACGCGAGACUCUCAUUGCUAUAGCUGCAACAGGGUUGUCGGCGGCUUUUUUGAGCUGGCAGAGCUGCACUGGGAGGAGGAGGAGCAACAGCCAAGUUGCCUGUUGCUCCUCCUCCUCUUCCUCUGCCGUGCCGUCGGGUGGUUCUGAAGUGUACGUGUGGGGCGCGAACAUUGAUGGCCAGGUGGGGGUGGGUUCUGGCGUGUCGGUGUCUUUGCCAGCACUCCUCUCUACUCUCCCUCUACGUCCCCAUGAGACAGUUUCUGCGCUGUCGGGGGGGGCCCGCCACUCAGCGUGCAUCACCUCGGAGGGCAGGGUGUUUUUGUGGGGCAGGGGAGCAGAAGGAGAGGGAGGGGUUCCGUCUGCUGCUGAAGGGCCCAGGGAGAUCGUGCUGCCGCUUCAGGAGGGCGACAAGCCGAUCUUGGUUUCCUGCGGCAGCGACUUUUCGUUGGUGGUGACUAGAAUGGGCUGUCUGUACACUUGGGGUAGAAACACACACGGGCAGUGCGGGCGGCCCUCGUCAGAGGGGCCAGCCGAGCAGCGGGGGGGGGCGCGGGGAUCGUCUGCUCCCUUCCCGCUCGAGGGGAUCGGCAGUCGGGAUGUCUUUGGGGGCCGAGGACGCUCCGUCUCCUCGCUGCCUCCUGGGCAAGUGGGGGGUCAGCUUAGUGGUCGGAAGGUUGUGGGGGCGUCUUGCGGGGAUCGCGUGUGCGCGGCAGUGACGGCGGAGGGGGAGGUCUUCGUGUGGGGCGAGGCGCGUGCAGGGGGCCCCCUUGGGGGCAGGUCGGAGGGGGGGGCUGCUGCUCCCCACGGGCCCCGGCUGGUGCCCUUGCCUGCCGAGGGGGGGGCGCCUGCAUGCGCGGUUGCAGUGGCUUGUGGGGAGAGCCACUGUGUGGCUUUGAGCGCUAGUGGCCGUGUCUAUGCCUGGGGGAGCAAUGCUUACGGCCAGCUGGGGUUGGGCGGGGGUGCCCGAACAGUGGAGGGCCCCCAUCUGGUGACUGCCCUUAGGGAUCACAAGGUUACCGCCAUCGCCUGUGGGGCCCUGCACACCCUGUGCCUCACGGAGCAGGGGAGUGUUUUUGUUUGGGGAUACGGGAAGGACGGCCAGUGCGCGGAGCCGUCGCAUUUGGACGUGCCCUUGCCCCUUCAGGUUGCAGUCGAGGGCCCCUCCGGAGGGCCCCUAGUGGGGCCGUGCACACACAUCAGCGGGGGGGAAGGCCACAGCCUCGCAGUCUGUAGCGGGGGAAGGCUUUUUGUGUGGGGACGCGGAAGAGAAGGGCAGCUAGGUCGGGGAGGUCUCAUUGAGAGCCCAGCAGCCUCCCGAGACGUGCCUCUAGAGGUGCUUCUCCCGGGAGGGAAGCGUGUGGUUACUGCUGCGUGUGGCGGGUGUCACACGAUCGCAGCAACGUGCGCACCCGCUAGGGCAUAG